AUGAGCCAAGCUCAGAACGAGUUUAGAAGCGAGUCUGCCAAGCUUCCUCUGCUUCCCAAGAGCCGUGGCGGCUUAUUCUUCUCAUCUCAAUUCUGCAAGAGAUCUAAGCACCUGCCUCUCGGGUCGUCUGUUUCUGGGCACACACGAGUCAUCACAGGCGCCAGCUCUGGAAUCGGGCACGCGUGCGCAGAAAUACUCCUUGACUUGGAGAUCAGCCAUCUUAUUAUUUCUGCCCUGACGCAAGCCGAGGCCGAUUCUACCGUGGACGUUCUCAAGGAGAGCCACCCAAAGGCGAAAAUAGACGGCUGGGUUCUUGAUCUGACCUCUUAUCAGUCUAUCCAUGAUUUUGUUGCCUGCUGCGCAACACAGCUGUCACGAAUCGAUGUUGCCAUCCUCAAUGCAGGUGUGGCCUUUGGUUACUUCAAGCGUUACGAAAAGACCGGACAUGAGAUUCACAAAGCCGAACGUAUCCUGCCUGCAUUCGAUAUUGAAGAGGGCUUUGACCCCAUGGUGCAGUACGCCAAUACGAAAUUCCUGGCCCAUCUUUUUGUAGACAAGCUGUCUCAGUUUGUGAGCGCUGAUGAUGUCGUCAUCAAUUUGAUAGAUCCCGGAUUGACCAGCGGGACAAAUAUCCUCGAGGGCGCCAGCAUGUCCACACAGAUCGGCUUCAAUUGGCUGAGGGCUAUUGCUGGCCGGAGCGUUGAAGAUGCCGCAAGCGCAUAUAUUGAUGCGAUAGUAACCAGAGGGAAAGAGUCCCAUGGAUCCUUCAUUAUGGAUUGGGACAUUUAUCCAUAUGGGAAGUUUUAUUAUGAUGCCAAAAGAGAGGAGAUUCAAGAAAAACUCUGGGAUGAGAUACUUAAUGAAUUUGAAUUAGCCACGAUACAAGAUACUGUUAAGUGUAUGAAGCAGCGAUCAUCCGUCUAG